UAUACAUACAUACAAACAUACAUAUACACACAUCAUAUUAUGGAUUGUUUUUCUUUCCUUUGCUCAUUAAUUGCACAGAGAGGGUUUAUGGCAAGACCUCUUCCUAAAAUAUUACAGAGAAGAUAUUCCCUCUCUGAAAGCUGUAAUACAGAAAGCUGAUUUUGUUCAUGGUCAAAAAUGUGAUAUUUUUAUUCUGUUUCAUGGAUUGGGAAAACUGAAUCAGUCAGACACCUAAAUGGAGUCUCUUGUCAUAUGUUGCAACCAACCAGGGAAAAUCACACCAAAGAAAAAUAAUCAUUGCUGCACCAAUUAAUUUCUCCCCUUUUUUUCCCUAUAGGUGAGCGCCCAUACAAGUGCCCUCACUGUGACUAUGCUGGCACUCAGUCUGGCUCGCUCAAAUAUCACCUGCAGCGCCACCACCGGGAGCAAAAGAAUGCUGCUGCAGCUGCUGCAGCAGCUGUAGCAACAAUGGAGCAGUGCCACAUGCCCCUGGCCCCUACUGCAGUCCCUGCCUUUCCCCCUACGCCACUCACCAAGAGUCAUGGGUCCUUCCUUCCUCUAGGUGGCAUGGGGGCAGCUCGGUCCCGCCAAUCCCGUCGCAAGUCACUGCUAAACGGGAAGGCUGAUUUCCAGCCAUUGGAUCUUUCUCUACGUCCAGCCCUGGCAGGAAGAGCCCUCCACCGUUGCCAGUUUUGCCCCUUUGCCACCUCAGCUCCUGAGCUUAUGGAGUUACACCUUCAAGUCCAUCACAGUAGGAAAGCUCGUACCUGUUGCUGCUCUCACACAGCUCCUAAAGCCCAGGUGAUGUUGGAGGAAGAAAUAGUUGAUCUGAAAGGACCAGAAUCCCCAAGCCUAAAGGGGGAGAUUUCCAAGACCCAGAGUUUCUGGUCCUCUGAAGAUCAGGAAGACUCUCGCCGUCUCAAGGUGCCUCAGGGGAAACCGAGUUCUGAGGGAGCAAUAAUUGGCAGCAUUUCUUCUGAAGCUGCACUGAAUCAGCAAGAAUGGGAGAAACUAUCACAAGACUCCGAGGAGCCAAAGCCAGAGAAGGAAUUGUCUGGUCCUCUGUCCCCAAAAGCACCACGUCAGGAGGCUUCAGAGACAGGCCAAGAUCUCAUGGAAUUACAGUUGGAGCCGCAGCAAGACAAACAUAGCAAGAUACAGGGAUUACCUGCCAAGCAGCUAAAUAACAGCACAAGAGCUCCAGGAGGGAAAAAAAAGACAAAACUACAACAUAACCAAGUACUGACCCUGGAAGGCAAAAGCUGUAGCUGCAGUGGA